UUAAAUAUAUAUUUUUAUUAUUUUAUUUUUGCUUUGCCUCCUCUUCGGAAAUGGAUGGGAAAAUCCGGCAGAGCCGGAGGUCGAGGUCGCAGCGGGACCGCGUGCGGCGGCGGGAGGCGGCGGCCCGCGACCCCCGCAACCAGAGCCCCUCGUCGGGCUCCGAGAAGGAGCCGAGCCCCGGCAAGGAGAACGGCGCCCAGAACUGCACGGCCCCGCGCGGCCCCCCGCCCGCCGCCCGCACCGCGCGGCCCCCGCGCCGCCGCCGCCGCGAGUCCAGCUCCCAGGAAGAGGACCUGAUCGAUGGCUUUGCCAUAGCCAGCUUCAACACGCUGGAAGCGCUGGAGAAGGACAUGUCGCUAAAGCCUCAGGAGCGGAAAGAAAAAUGGGAGAGGCAUCCAGGCAAGAAACCUAGAGAAUCUGAAAACUGCGUGUCUGCUGAGCCAAGUGAAAAUGGCCACAAUAACGAUGCGGGGAGCUCAGAGAGAGAGGCAGAAAGAGGCAAAGAACGCGUGAAGAAGAAACUCCCGCUGAAGCUAACCAAGCAGAUGAAGGUCCCCACAAGCAGAAGUGGCAGAAAUAGCGAGGAGGACAGCAUCAGGGAGGCCACAAGCUCUCAGCGGAGCAGCUCCAGGGACCGCCUCAGUGAUAGUUCUGCUCAAUCGCUUUCAGGAAGAGGCUACUCCUGUGACAGCGAGAGUGAUGUUGACGAUAAGACUUCAACGGAACUGGAGCUGACUCGUAUCAGGAGUGCCUUGAUAACAAGCAAGGCUUCUGUAGGCUCUGAGAAGCUGUUCUCCCCUGCAGCAAAUAAAGGUCCCACCUUGAAUGACAAGCCAGAAGCGAAAGCAGCCAAUGUCCCAAAGGUGUCUGGGCUAGAGCGGAGCCGGGAGCUGAGCACCGACGUGCCCUUCACCCUGCCUAUCCCCAGCCCCCAGCCAGUGGCUGCCGUUGUGACUUCUACUUCCUCAGCGCCCACGUCGAGCGCCAGAGCGAGCCCGCUGUUGAAGAAGGAGCCCGUGAUUUCAGCACCAGCACCACCAAGGCUCACGCCACAGCCGCAGCCUCGGCCUCAGUCACAACCUCAACCUCGGCCGCAGUCGCAGCCUCAGCUGAUACCUGAGCUUCGGUCCCAGCCUCCGAGUCACAUCCCUCCGCCUCUCAACUACCAAGUGCAUCACCAGGUGGCCCACAACGGACUCAAUAAUAUCAGCCGGAGCAGCAGUGCUAGCAGUGCAACGAGCAUCAGCAUCCCGAAACACCUUCCUCUCUCUCCCCAGAUUCCUCCGCACCAUUCCUCCGGCCCAGCCCUGCCCCUCUCCAUCUCUAAUCUUGCUACCUCGCACUUCUCUCUCAGAUCGCAGACCCAACACCAGCACCAUCCGGCCAUGUUCGCCACCCCACCCACGCUGCCACCUCCACCAGCGUUACCUACCAACAGCCUCGUGAUACCAGGUCACCCUGCAGAUCACGAACUGCUCAGGCAAGAGCUGAACAACCGGUUUUUGGUUCAGAGUUCGGACCGGGCCGCUGCCUCACUUGGCCCGGUGCCGCUGCUGAGAGCGGAGUUUCACCAGCACCAACACACGCAUCAGCACCAACACACCCACCAGCACACAUUCACUCCUUUUCCAUCCAGCUUGCCCCAGACGCCGCUCAUGCCGCCCUCUGCACCUCCCAUGGUGCGUACCCCAGCCCAAAAUUUUGACAAGUACGCUCCCAAAUUAGACAACCCUUACUUUCGACAUUCCAACUUCUUUCCAACCUAUCCUCCAGCAAUGCCUGGAAUGCCACCCAUGCUUCCACAUUCAGGUCCCUUUGGGUCACUUCAGGGAGCAUUUCAACCGAAGACUUCAAACCCUAUCGACGUGGCAGGUAGACCAGGCACAGUCCACCAUACGCUGCUGCAGAAGACUCCAGGGGUGUCAGACCCUUACAGGCCACCAGUAAGAGUAAGUAAGAAACCCGGGAAGUGGUGUGCAGUUCAUGUACAGAUCGCCUGGCAGAUCUACCAUCACCAGCAAAAGAUAAAGCAAAUGCAGCUGGAUCCCCACAAGCUCGAGAUAGGCGGUAAACUUGACCUGUUCAGCAGACCUCCAGCCCCUGGAGUGUUUCCAGGCUUCCAUUAUCCACAGGACCUUGCCAGGCCUCUGUUUUCUACCACAGGUGCAACACAUCCAGCCACCACCCCCUUUGGUCCUUCACCUCAUCACAGCAGUUUCCUGCCUACUAACCACUUGGCAGAUCCAUUUAGCAGGUCAAGCACCUUCAGCGGCCUUGGGAACUUAGGCAGCAAUGCCUUUGGAGGAUUAGGCAGUCAUGCUCUGACUCACAACAACAUUUUUACUCACAAAGACGGCCCAAACCUGCAGAAUUUCAGUAAUCCCCAUGAGCCGUGGAACAGACUCCAUCGCACCCCGCCAUCCUUCCCAACACCUCCGCAGUGGCCCAAGCCGAGCGACUCCGAGCGAAGCUCCUCGGUGACAAACCAUGACAGAGACAGGGAGCGGGAGCCCGAGAAGAGGGAUCUUUCUCUGAGUAAAGACGACAGAGACAAAGAGAGAGACCUCAUGGAUAAAAACAGACAUUCAAACAGAUCCUCACCGGCAUCAGCUCCAGUGACGCAUCAGAUCAGCAAUCUCAUCCGCAGCAACAGCCAAACCUCCAGCGAUCCCAUCAGGCAGGUGAGCCUUGCUGAAAGGGAAAGGUCCAAAGAGCCCGAGCGAGAGCACCCUGACCGGCUGAGAGAGCCGCCCAUAGCAGAACACAAGAUUAAAGAGAGCCGUUCCCCAGUGAAGGAAACUCCAAGCCAUGAUAAGAGACCCUCUGAGGACAACACAAAGCCAGUAAUCCAGUCUGUAUCCCCAUACAGCAAACCUGCACUAAGUGAGAGCUUGAAGCUUACCAAUCUAAUGAGCAAGGACAUGGAGAGAAAGACGGAGCUUCCCAGUGACCUGCAGAAGAUUAAGAAUGACAUCAAGGUCAAAGAGGAGAGGAAGGAAGACAGCGACGUGCUGGUGGUGGGCUCUGAGCCUUCACAGCACUCCCGAUCGGUGGAGCAUCCCCCGCCCCCUACUUUGCACGGAUUAUCAUUGCCUCCCUCCAUGGCGGCCUCCAUGCCCAUCUCCAUGGGCAGCGUGCACCAGAUGAACAACAUGAACGUGCUGGACCGCAGCAGGAUGAUGACCCCGCUCAUCGGCAUGAAUCCUCUAUCAGGAAGAGAGAGGCUGCCGCACCCCGGGUUUUCCUGGGACCCGAUGAGGGACCCGUUGCGAGAUGCCUACCACCGGAGCUUGGACCUGCACCGUCGGAUGGACUUCCAGCUCCGGACGGAUCCCAUCCACAGGUUCCCCACCACCUCCGGGUUUUAUGACCACGAGCGUUCAUACAGAGACAGGGAGCCGCACGACUACAACCACGAGAACCUUCUGGAAGCGCGCCGAGAGCAGGAGCGGUUGCGGCAAGUGGAGGAAAGGGAGCGCUUGCACUUACGGGAGGAACUUGAGCGUGCCAGAAUGCACCACUUGCACUCGUCCCCUAUCGAAAGUCACCUGGCACACGUGCCAUCCUUCAUGCCUCAUUUGAGCGGGAUGCAUUACCCCAGACUGAGUCCAUCCACUGCCAUGCACAACGGCAUUCUCAACAGGAACCCUCCGACCGCGGCGCUGAGCGCCCCGCCGCCCCUCGUGCCAGCGAGCAGCACCCGGCCUGCCUCCCCCCGCAGGACUACCCCGCUCACUAACUCAGAGUCCAGGGACUACUCCCCCUCUAGGAACCCCAAAGAAGUAGAGGCCCGAUAGUCCCCCGCACGGAACCUUGAACUCUCCUGUACAUAAAGCAGACGGGGAAAGGAGAAAAAAUAAAAACAAAAAAGAAAAAGGAAGGAGAAGAAGAAGGAAAAAAAAAAAAAAAACAAAGAAAAAAAAAACAACAAACAGAAAAAAAAACCGACAACAAAAAAAAAACACAGAAAACCUUUUACAAAAUGCACUGCUGUAAACUUUUUUUUUUUUUUUUUUUAAUGUAAAAUUU